AUGGGACCAUAUCAACCUAUGUUGUCGGAGUAUCCGAGAUCUGAAUUUGGAAAACAACAACGUCGAUUUCAAUACUCUUGGUUUAAAAAGUUCCCAUGGUUGGAGUACUCUCCUUCGAAGGAUGCUGUAUUUUGUUUUCCAUGUUAUCUCUUUGAAUCAGGUAAAUCCCAGCAAUCUGCAUUUACAGUUGAAGGUUUCAAAAGUUGGAAACAUGUUAAUGAUGGAGGUAAGUGUGCCUUUUUGUCUCACGAGGGUGGUUCUAACUCAGUGCACAAUACAUCUUCAAAUUUGGUUGUUGAUUUGAUGAAUGUAACUCGACAUAUAGAUAAAGUUAUGAAUCGAGAAUCUUCUGAACAAAUUCAAAAGAAUCGAUUAAGGCUUACAGCAACAAUUGAGAGUGUUCGUUGGCUAAGUUUGCAAGCAUGUGCGUUAAGAGGUCAUGAUGAAUCUUUAGAUUCCCAAAAUCGAGGUAAUUUUAUUGAGAUGUUAAAGCUCUUGGGAAAAUGGAAUGAUAGUAUUGCUAAUGUUAUCUUAGAGAAAGCUCCAGGAAAUGCAAAAUAUACGUCACCCGAAGUUCAAAAGGAAAUCCUACAUAUUAUUGGUAACAGGGUCAGAAAUAAAAUACGUGAUGAAAUUGGAGAUUCCAAAUUUUGUAUUUUGGUGGAUGAAGCGAAGGAUAUAUCUAACAAGGAACAAAUGGCUAUAAUUUUUAGAUUUGUAGAUGUUAAUGGUGUUUUGCGGGAACGUUUUUUCCAAAUUGUGCAUGUUAAUGAUACAACAGCUGCAACACUCAAGAAAGAAAUAUGUAAUGUCCUCACUAGAUAUAAUCUAGAAAUUAAUAAUAUGCGAGGUCAGGGAUAUGAUGGUGCUAGCAAUAUGAGUGGUAUUUUUAAUGGUUUGCAAGCUCUAUUUCUUAAAGAUUGCCCUUAUGCGUAUUAUGUGCAUUGCUUUGCCCAUCGACUACAACUAGCAUUAGUUACUGCUGCUGAAAAGGAGAUCUCUAUAUGGCUUUUCUUUUCGAAUCUAACGACUAUUAUCAAUCUUAUGACAUCUUCAAAACGUAAUACCGAGUUACAGUCAGCUCAAGCUAAUGAAAUUGCUCGUUCUAUUGCUGAUGGUGAACGUGAGCUUGGACGAGGAGCUAACCAGAUUGGUAAUUUACAACGACCAGGAACUACUCAGAAGCUCUCCCUUGAUCGGAAAAUCUCAAAACUACCAUGA